CAACAGGCCUGUUAAAAACUACAAUUAUCAUUGCAAUUGAGUAGAUAAUGGACGUGAAACUCACUCCUCUAGGUGAUGCUACGGCUGGAACUAUCGGGGCGAUAUUCGCCAAUGUGCUGGUGUUUCCCCUGGACGUCGUAAAAACUCGUCUUCAAGUCCAGACAGACACACUCAAAGCAUCCAAAUCAAAUCACGGUUACAAAAAUGCCGUUGAUGCUCUUCUCAAGAUUUAUAAAUCAGAGGGGCUGCAAGGAUUAUAUGCUGGUAUGGGAUCGGGCUUGUUUGGCACAGUCGUAUCAUCAUUCUCGUACUUUUACAUCUAUGGGCAUGUUCGUGGCGAGUAUCUGAAAAGAAUCGGCAACAAAGAAGUGGGAACGGCAAUGGAACUGGUACUUGGUGCUACUGCUGGUGCAUUAUGCCAGAUUUUUGUAUUGCCGAUUGCUGUUGUGACAACAAGACAACAAACUGAUCCAGACUCUAAAGGGAUAUCGUUUAUUGAAAUAUUUAAAACGAUUGUUGCAGAGGAUGGACCCCAAGGUCUUUGGAAGGGUCUUAAGGCAUCGCUUGUUUUGUGCGCUAAUCCGGCCAUUACAUAUGGUGUAUUUGAGCGUUUUAAAUCAAUCUUGAUAAAACAAAAAGGAGGCAGCUCUAGUUCAUUGACCACACUCGAAGUAUUUGUGAUUGGCGCUUUAUCCAAGACACUUGCUACAAUUGUGACAUAUCCAUACAUUAUGGCCAAGGCACGCUUGCAGUGGAAACCACCAAAGGAGGUGGAUGGACUUAGUGAAAAAGACCAAGAAAAGCUUCGCUACAAAAGCUCGUUUGAUGUUCUUCGCAAAGUAUAUCGCGAAAAGGGAUUCAAAGGAUGGUAUACAGGCAUGAGAACUCAAAUCAUCAAGGCAGUGUUAUGCCAGGCAAUCUUGUUUUCGUCGAAACAAAGAUUAGGAAUCUAUACUCUAAUUCUUUUUUCAUUCUUUAAUCAAAAACACAGUGUUCCAAUCCAAAUUACUCAGAAAUGAACCCCAUCAAAUCAAACAGUGU